AUGUCAGUCAUUAUGCAAGACUCAUCUGCAUCAGACCAGCAAAAAAUGGUCGUAAUUCCAAUCAAUCGCGCAUUCAGCGACGGCACCCAGGACAACUGGCCCAAAGAUGAGAGGUUCCUGAGACCAGACGAUAGUUACUAUCGAGAGAAGCUGGCCUCGAUGUGGCUGCAAAAGACGGGAGCUUAUGAGCGUGGAGUAGAAUACAUCCUGGACAGUCUGCCCGAUGGUUAUGCUCUAUUUGACAGGCCGCGUAUGGCAAACCCCGAUAUUGUAGGUUUUUCGCGCUCUACUCCCAAGCGCAUUCACAUCCCUAACUCUUUGCAGUACGACCGUUUCCUCUAUGGCCAUCCAACAGAUGUGUAUUUCAACUCCACGAAGCAGUUCUUUCCGCAUUUCUAUUACCUGAUGACGGGUGGCCAAGAACCAUGCGCCUGCGUUCUCUGCGAGAAAAUGUCAAAGAGGCUACAAGAAAAGCGAGGUCCUGGAAGGCCUCGGGGGAGACCUUCUGGAACUGGAACGCUUAUUCGAACCCCUGGUAGGCCGCCGGGGAGGCCACCUGGCCGACCUCCCGGAUCAAGCGCAAGCAAAACCCCCGGAAGGCCACCCGGACGACCACCAGGAAGACCCGGAAGACCCCCUGGUAGGCCCCCUGGUAGACCUCCUGGCAGGCCUCCAGGAAAGCUUUCAGGAUCGGCGACAUGCCCUUGUACAGAUAACGAGGGAACGCCAGACGUCUUCAAGAUGGCUGUGCUACAGCUUGAGCUAAAAGGGCUACAGGAGACGGACAUCACAGAACCCGGAAGCAUGGACUGGCGAGCCGAGCGUUCACCACUUGACGAAUACAUCCAGAAAUUGGACUUGCAACCGUCCUUUCUGCCCCGUGCUGGAGAAAUCGUGCUCUGGACGCCAGAUUUCGAAGGCGAACUAGCCUGGAACCCUGAGAACAAUCAGAUCCAAAUUUACUUUCCCAGCGAGAAACGAUGGCUGGGCACUCCUGAAUGGCGAGCAGGUAUCGUCAGUCAGGUCCCCGAAGAAGACACCAUCUUCCAAGACAUUGUUCAAACAUCCCCCAAAGAACAGAGCAUCAACUACUCGGGAUUCCGCGUCGAAACCUUCCCUGACCCUCACAGUCCCGACAAGAGCUACUCCCUGCACUACAAAUACGUCUACCUUAAAUCCAUCAAGCCGUUCAACGCCUACGAGCACUUCCUCCAAAACAUCCCUCGCGAGAACCUCCACCCCUCCAUCGAAUACGCCAUGACCAUCAUGUCCUCCUUCAGCCUCUUAGACAAAUACCACUUCAAAGGUGUCUGGCCCGACGCAUCCAUCUACAGCCGGGGGAUAUUCAUCGGCGCCGAGCUCCUCACCGUCGGCGACGCCGUCCGCCUAAAACCCCAGAACUACAACCUCAACAGCCCCCAUUCCACCCCCAACCCAGCCGUCACCGACAUAAUGGUAAUCGAUGAGAUCCGCCUCGACCUCAAAAACUGCGACUCGGCCCUUAGAUCCAAACAUCUCGCGGAGAAAUACAUCGUCCGCAUCCGCGGCAAGGUCUACACCCCCAGCGACCGCCGCAUCUACCUCUCCAGCAACACCCUCCACCCCAUCAAACCCCUCACCCCAGACGAAGUCGUCUCCGCCUUCAACUACGUCGGCAUGAGCGGCUACGGCGACUGGUACCGCAUGCACCCCGGCGCCUCUGUCGACAUAUCCCAGGACAUGAUUCUCGGCCGGCUCUACGAACCAGACGCACUGCAACUCAUGUUCGGAUCCCUGGCACUCGGAUAUGACCUGCAAGGGGUGCUUCGCGGACGGGUGUACUCCCGCCAAGCCGACGAGCGUAUCCCGGAGGGGCAGAAAUGGUUCUGGGGCGAUUUCCGCACGCAGACGCUUGCGAUUGACUCACUGAAUGGCGAGGAUGUAGGGCAUUAUAGCGACGCCAGGGACGUGAAGAUGUGGCGGGCUAAUCUCCGCGUGCUGGAUGGGGUGGCGAGACCGGCGGAUUUCAGGGAGGCGAAGAUACCUGGGGAUGUGGGACGGCCGUCGACGAAGUCAAGGUCGAAUUUUGCGAAGGUAGGGAAGCUCAGUAAGCUUGUUAGUACGGGGUUGGGGAGUGCAGAUUUGAGUAAUCCUGUUAGUGAGGCGGAGGAGGGGACGAGUCGGUUGUCGGUUGGUGAUGAUGAUGAGGAGGAGGAGGAGGAGGAGGAGGAGGAGGAGGAGGAGGAGGAGGAGGAGGAGGAGGAGGAAGAAGAAUCGGAAGAGGAAGAGGAAGACUUCACGCUACGGAUGGACCAGCUGCGAGGUGGGACAGAGGAAACAGAGGAGGGGAACUAUAUGCCUGACAAGGAGAGAGAGAGGGAGCGGAAGCGGGUAAGACAUGAUGAUUGA